AUGGAUCCGGAAAUGGAGCCUAAGACGGAGCAGAUGCCGAGGCACAAGAGCCGCCGAGUCCACAACGCUCUCUCUCAACCAACUUUUGCCUCCCAACAUCCCAAUUGUAACAGCCUCGACCGGAUCGGAAUUGGACCAUGUUCCGUCCAGCCCUUUUGUCGUCCCCUUCUCGCUCCUCCCUAUCCUCCUCCCUCUUCUCCAAAUCCCCGACGACACCUUUUGCAUCGCGAUUCCUCCUCCAGCGACGCGCAACUCUCCCUCCACGUCAGCGGUCUUUUGCGUUGUCGCAACAUUGUCGCCGUCGCUUCUACUCUACUGGUCAGUCCCACAUGGGCCCCUCCAGAUGGCAGAAGAUGCAAUGCGCAUCUUCCUAGUCAUCGUGGUCAAAGUCACCCGUCGCAUUCGUUGACACUUGCAGAAUCCAAUUCAUUCCCUCACCCGCCAACUUCCCCUCCGUCACCUCUACCCCGAUCACGCUUCCGCCGCUUCUUGGGCUUCACCUCGAUCGCAGUCUUUGCCUUUUCGGUCGGUCUUCUCUACCAGACUCAACGCACCGUAUCGCGACUCAUGGCGUCUCCCAUGAUUUCCAACGCUGAGAGCGUGACCGCCUUUGUUCCCGUGGACGCGCACGCCGCGGAAGUGGACGAGUACCUGCGCACGCAUCCCGAGGCCGCCAAGCUGCGUGCUGACCCCGACUUUGAAGAGUCGCGCCCUCACCUCCGCUAUCCCGAGGCCAUUCGCGCGCGCAGCUUGACCGCAGGGACGCUGGCCGGCCCGAACAAGCUCGUAGUGCCCCCGAUCGUCUUCUCUCACCGGGAAGGCAAGAGCUUGGCCUCGUUCAUGUACCUGGGCUCUGAUAUUUGCGGACACCCCGGCAUCAUUCACGGCGGCAUGCUGGCGACCUUGCUGGAUGAGGGUCUGGCUCGAUGCUGUUUCCCUGCACUGCCGAACAAGGUUGGCGUGACGGCAAAUCUCAACGUUGACUACCGGGCCCCCGCUAUGGCUGACUCGUACGUGGUGCUACGAGCGGAGACCACCAAGGUGGACGGUCGCAAGGCCUGGGUAGAGGGCCGGAUCGAGACCCUGCCCACCGACGGUAAAGCUCCCGUGGUUUUGGUCGAAGCCAAGGCGCUCUUCAUUGAGCCCAAGCAAGCCGCACCACUCCCCCUCUCAACCCCACCAGCAUUGAAACGCCCUCCCCCCACCAUCACCAUCAUCACCAUCACCACCAUUUUGAACCACCUUCUGACAGCCCCGUCAACCAGCAACAUCACCUUCCACGCCGCCGCUCUCACCCGCAAAGAGCGCAAUGAUCUGCGCAAGCAACAAGGUCUCACCAUCUGGUUGACCGGUCUCUCCGCCUCGGGCAAAUCGACGCUGGCCGUCGAACUAGAGCACCAACUCCUCCGAGACCGCGGCGUGCACGCCUACCGCCUUGAUGGCGACAACAUCCGUUUCGGCCUCAACAAGGACCUGGGGUUCAGCGAAACCGACCGUAACGAAAACAUCCGCCGCAUUGCCGAAGUCGCCAAGUUGUUCGCCGACUCUUCCGCCAUCGCCAUCACUUCCUUCAUUUCCCCCUACCGCAAGGACCGUGACACCGCCCGCCAAUUGCACGAGGUCCACGUCGAUGUUCCCGUCGAGGUGGCCGAGCAGCGCGAUCCCAAGGGAUUGUACAAGAAGGCCCGUGAGGGAAUCAUCAAGGAGUUCACGGGUAUCAGUGCCCCCUAUGAGGCGCCUGAGAAACCCGAGGUCUACAUUCGGAACGUCGAUCUGGCGAUUCCCGACGCCGUGAAGCAGAUCAUUGAUUACUUGGAUUCCAAGGGUUAUUUGCCUGCUAAGAAGGAGUAG